AAUCUGUGGUUCAAAUAAAGCCUUGUCGAACUGCAUUUCUAAUGCAAUUUUUGAUCCUCUCGCCAUGAAUUAGUACCGAUGUAUAAAAUAGAAAUAUUUAUAAUACACAGUACACUGAUUAUUUCUAAAAAGGUAGGUGUUAUUCAAGUUCUAAACAUUGAGCAAAGUGCAACCCCAGUCCCCAAAGGACUAGAUUACUAGAAGCAUGGAUGGUAAACGGCAGUUUAAAAACGAGGUAGAAAUUAAUGAAUUAUUAGAAGAGACAAAUUUAAAAUAUAUUGAUGAACAUAAUGAUUCAGAAGCAAUAAACAAUGCUGAUGCAAGUUAUAAACUUGAUUCUUUAGAGAAAAAAACAGAAGUGAAUAAGUCUGAAGAAGUUAAAAUGAGUGAUAAUGUAGAUGAGGACAGUAGAAGCUAUAAGAAAUAUAAAUUGCGCCAAGCACCUAAACUCAAGGUACAAAACCUGAAUGAAAAUAAACUUCUGCAAAUUUCCCAGAGCAUACAAAAUAGUGAUAGAGAAAUACAGGCACAAGAGAGUACAAAAGAGGUCAUCUUUAAAACUAAACAAAAUAGGACCAAAGCUGUUAUAAAGAGUCAAGAAAAUGAAAAAAAUAUCCAUGAAUGUAUGUGUUGUAAAACACUUUUUGAAAAAUGCAUUGACCUUGUAAAGCACAAAGAGGAGCACAAAAAUGAAUGCUAUGCUUGCGACGAAUGUAAUAUUUCAUUUUCUUCUCAGCUUAUUUACCUAUACCACAUAUAUAAACAUACGAAACCACCUUACAGUUGCAAAGAAUGCUUAUUCAAAACGAAAUGUCUUAAAUCAAUAAAAGCUCAUAUUCAACGACAUUCAACAAAAAAACUUGAAUGUGGUAUUUGUAAAAAUGAAUUUUACUUUUGUGAAAUGGGUGUACACAAACUUAGCCACAGCAGCACAAAAUAUGAGUGUGGUGAAUGUGGAGCUAUUAAAGAAAAUAAAUCUAGUUUUGAGUACCAUAUGAUCUCCCAUGCCGGUGUUAAAAAGUACCAGUGCCUAUAUUGUGGGAAGGGUUAUGCACAUCCUAAUCAUUUGAGAGUGCAUACUAGAGUUCACACAAGUGAUCCAAAUGGUCAUGAAUGUGAUGAAUGUGGCAAGAAAUACAGGAGUGUUAAUAGCUUGUACUACCACAAGGUCGGUCGCCACAGUAAAAAAGUGUACGAGUGUGAUCAUUGUGGUAGGAAGCUUAAGAGUAAAAUAAGUAUCGAGCAGCAUUUACUUCUUCAUACCAAGCACAGGCCUUACAAAUGCCCCGAGUGUCCGCUGAGCUUUCAUACUAAAACUCAUCUUAGACUUCAUACUUACAGCAAGCAUAUAGAAGACAGGUUCAAAUGUGAAUUAUGCAGUCGCUCAUUUUCAAUGAGGAGUGACUACAAAAGACAUUUGAGAUCAAACAUGCACAAAAAUAAUAUUUUUAAGAAGGAGAAACUGGCAAAAAAAUAAUUGCGAUUUGUAUAGUUAGGUAGGUACUGCAAAUGUGGGUAUAAUUAUUAUAUUGUGGAAUGAGGUUUAAUCCAGAAAAUGUUUGCAGUGUAGUUCUGGUUCUACCAGAUACUGCAAAUGGUCCCUAUUCUAAAUUAAACAGUAUCAUUUAUUAAUGACAUUGGAAGAUUUAAAUAUAAUAAUC